AAAAACUUUUCAUCAACAGCCGCCAUUUUGACUAACAGAGACUGUGGGGAAAUUUGGAAUUUAUUCUUGAAAUUACCGUUAUUUUAUUUCAGCUAAUGGGCACUUUUUCGUCUUAUUAGUGACUUCAUGUGUUUUGUGUAAUCCCGCUUGGUCAAAGUGUGUUGAAGAAACGUCUUAAAAUGAAAAAUUGUGGGUGAUUUACUUUUGGAUCAUUGUGUGAGUUCCGUCGGAAGAUGGAGAGAGGUACUGUGUAGGCUCAUCCGCCAGUUUGUGGCUUCAUUAAGCCCCGUCGUUGACUGUGGAUAAUUAAUAUGUGCCUUGAAGGAUGGAUUAAACAUCGAACUAUUGGCACAGUAAUAAUCAAGGAUCCAUUAUGUGGUCAAGUUUUUAAUGAGCCAUGUGUGGCCGUUUCGAAUUCUGUUAAAUACGAUACUGAGUAGGCUAGUAGGCACGGCUUGGUAAACAGGGAGAUAUGGCCGAUCAUCUCGUCGAUGGGCCGCCAAGCAAGCGGCAGAAAAUGACUGAUCCAUUCCAAGGAACCUCGGAUUCCUCAGUGCCGAUGGCGCCUUUAAUGAUGCACUUCGACUUGGCUCCAACUCUGGGGAACAAUGGUGGAGGGGGCAAACAGCAACAACUACUCCAACUCCAACAACAAUGGAACCCACAGAAGAGAAACCAGUUUACCAAUAUGGACAUGUUUGACUUGGAGAAUGAUCUUCCGGAUGAACUGAUGACAUCGGGGUCGUGGGGGAGUGCCGUGGAACCGACAGCGAGUAGCAAGCCACCUGCAACGGGACCGGGACCUGGGCCGGGUCCAGGGCAGCCACCGCAAAGUCAGCAACAACAACAGCCUGGUGCGGGAGGACCGGGUCUUCAAAAUGGAGCCGUGGACCAACAGCAGUCGCAGCAACCUGAUCAACAGCGACAGCAGCAGCAACAGCAUGUAACGCAGCAGCAGCUAUCACACCAUCUCAUGCAGCAGCAGGGAAAUAAGAAUCUGGUUACAAAUUCUUUGGUAUUGGCAGCUGGAGGGUUAGGAAACAAAAGUCCAAGUUUGCAGUCGCCACCAAAUGUUUCUGUGAGCAAAAGUGGGGUUGUUGUGGGUGAUUCACUGGUUGGGAACCUUCUUCCAAGUAGUAUUGCAAGCUCUUUAGCCAAUAAUCCAGCUGUUGCCAGUGGUACCAUGACCAUGUCAUCAAUUCCCAACAGUGUCCAGGGAGUUGGAUUGCAGUCAUCUAUGGUUAGCACAGUGAGUAUGGCUAGUAUUAGUAAUUCAACAGUGGCCAUGAGCAGCCUAGCAAGCAAUGGAGGGAUGGUCAUGACGAGUAGCCCCAUGAAUCAAAUUGGAGGUGGUGGGGGUAUGGUAGGAGGAGGUAGCCUAGUUAACAAGCAACCCCUCACAUCAGUUCCAAAUUUAUUGGGGGGAAAUGCUCCGGGUGGAGGUGGUGGCAUGCAUCAUUCAGUGCAGCAUAGUGUGGCACAACAAGGUAUGCCAAAUGGACCCUUGGCAACUCGUGCAGCGGUUGUCGCAGCUGUGGCACUUCAGCAACAGCAGCAGCAGCAGCAAGGACAUCUGGUUGCCCGGGGCCAGUUACCGCAUCAAGUUCAUACUGUGGGCAUCAAUGUGGGACAGCGCAUGCAGGCACCUAACAUGACAUCUGUAAGCCAAAUGGGUCAAACCAUGAGUGCUGGCAGUCCAUAUAGCUGCGUGCCUCCUGGUGGAGGCUCAGGUGGACCGCAGGGGGUUAAUGUUGGGGCAGCAGUGGUUGCUCCACAGCAAAGAGGAGUUGGAAGUAUGGCUUCUUUACAGCAAACGAGGUUUGGUGCUGCUGCAGGAACUUUAGGAGGCUCAUCAGUUGUUGGAGUGGGUGGAAAUGAGGGUGGGAUGGCUCAACAAGCCACCCCUCCAGCACCUUCCCCUGCUCAGCCACAGUCAGGUGCACCAAGUGGUGGUCAGCCUGGCCCCCAGGCAGCAACUCAAGGGGGAACCCCAGGAGGAGCACAGGGUGGGGCUCCUACAACUGCCACAUCAACUGCAGACCCUGAAAAGCGGAAGCUGAUCCAGCAGCAACUGGUUCUUCUUCUGCAUGCACAUAAGUGUCAGCGCAGGGAAAGUCAGUCCAAUGGAGAAGUAUGGCAGUGUACACUGCCACAUUGUAAAACAAUGAAAAAUGUUUUAAACCAUAUGACAACAUGUCAAGCAGGCAAGUCAUGCUCAGUUCCACACUGUUCCUCGUCUCGACAGAUCAUCUCACAUUGGAAACACUGCACACGAACAGACUGUCCUGUUUGUCUGCCACUCAAGCAAGCUGACAAGAACCGUAAUAACCCCAAUGUGCCAAGUCAAGCACCAAACAGCCAACCGAAUCCUUCUCCCUCAGACAUGAGGCGAGCAUAUGAAGCCCUUGGAAUUCCAUCUCCUAACCCAGGGGCCCCAGGACUGUUGCCCCCAGCAAGUGGUGGGGUUAGUCGCCCUCAUCGCUUGACAGGAAUAGCUGUUGGUCCACUCCCCCCGAACUCGACUGCGGGUCCAGGAGGUAGUGUGAGAGUUCUUCCACCUCCGCACCCACAAGGUCAGCCUCAGACACAGGUUCCAGCAGGCUCACAGCAGCAGGUGCCCCCCAAUGUGUCUUUACCCCUCGGGAGUGAUCCUGGAGCAAAUCCCAGUCAACCCCCAGGACAGCAGGGACCAGCAUCAUCUGCAGCGCAAGCAGCUGCUAACAUCCAGCAAACAGUUUCCCAAAUAUUCGGCCUGUCAAGUGACCCACAGGGUGGCAGUUUAGGUAUGGAUAACCGGUUGACUAGUCUGCAGCUUCCGGGAGGACUACAACCUGGCCAGGUCACAGCCACCCCAGUUCAGGGAACAAAGGAAUGGCACCAGUCUGUUACUCCAGACCUUCGUAAUCAUCUUGUACAUAAGCUGGUUCAGGCAAUCUUCCCAACACCAGAUCCACAAGCAAUGCUCGACAAGAGAAUGCACAAUCUUGUUGCGUAUGCUCGCAAAGUGGAAGGGGAUAUGUAUGAAAUGGCAAAUUCAAGGUCUGAAUACUACCACUUACUAGCAGAGAAGAUUUACAAAAUCCAGAAAGAACUGGAGGAAAAAAGGCAGAAGCGCAAAGAACAGCAGCAGCAGCAGCAACAACAACAACAACAACAGCAACAGCAACAACAGCAACAACUACAGCAGCAGCAGCAGCAAGUUCAGCAGCAGCCACCGCAGAUGCGAUCUGGUGUUCCUGGUUCUGUUCCCACUCGCACUGUUGGGACAGUGCCACCAAAUAUGCAGGCAACACCUCAAUCAGGCCUUCCUGGCCACUCACCAGGUAUGAGCCAUGUGCUUCCUGGCCUCGGUCCACAGCAAAAUCGCAUGCAGUUUUCUCAACCGGGUCAGCAGCAGCCACAACAGCAGCAUUUAGUGGUGGGUCCACCUGGGCCCAGUCCAAACAGUACCUCUGGUACAACUCAAGGCCCUCCAGGUAGCAUGGUGACAGUGUCUGGUCCAGGACUGUCAGCUUUUGGUCAGCCACUGUCUCAAGGUCCACCACCGAACAUGACGAUGGCAUCUGCCACGGCUGCAACUAAUGUGGCAGCUGCUAGUCAGUAUGCAGCCAACAAUGGUGUAGGCACUGCAGGAUCUGGUGGCGCUAGUGCUGGUGGGGUCCCAAGCAGUCCGGCCGCUCCUAGUCAGCAGCAGCAGCACCAGUUCCCGGAUGUGAUCAAAGCUCGCCUUGCGGUUGCUGCGGCAGCUGCUAACUCAAAUGCUGUACAGACACAGUCUGCUGCAUCACCAUUUGGUCUUCAGAAUCAGUUUCCUCCUACUUCAGCUUCAGCAACAGUUGCCGGUAAUAGAGUUCCUCUUCCUCCCCCAGCAUCCACACCCACUUCCUGUGCUACGUCUACUUCUGACGUGCAAAUUAACUCAUCACUCUCUUCCCAAGUUCCAACAUCUGUCUCUGUAUCAACAACAUGUGGACCUUCUCCUUCAACAAAUGUAACAAAUGGUAGCCUCCCUCAACCCAAUUCUGCCACAAUAUCUGUUACAACACCAACACUAGUUCCUUCAAGUUUACUACAAAAACCAGCAGCUUCAGUACCUGGGACAACUGUUGCAACGCAGCAGCAGUCAUCUAUGCAGAGCAAUCUGGUGUCAGCAGCAUCCAAUUCAACCUCAACAGUAGUAGCUGCCACCAUGAAUCAUCAACAUCUCGCAAGUUUGGGCAAGGGCAUGUCCAGUGCAGAACGAGCCAGUCUGGUGAGGAGUAACUCGUCCAGCAUGUCGAGCCAGAUGGCAGCCAUCAAUGCAGCAGCUCGUAAUCAGGAUGACGAUAGUCCACCACCUUCGACGAAGGGUAAAUUAGAUAUAAAGGUUGAACCAGAAGACAGCAUAAAGAUGGAAAUGAAAGCACAGCAUAGUGACUGCAGUCUGGAGAUGAAUCAUCGUGAAAGUGGUGGGAAGGGCAUGAAUGCCUCUGACUCAAUCAAGACAGAACCUAAGACUGAGCCCAUGGAUGAGGGCAGCACCACCUCCGAGAACUCGGCCACAAUAAAGGAGGAAACAGCCAUAAAGGAAGAGCCUAUGACACCUAUGUCAACGUCUAGUAUAGGUGAAGGUGUCAGUACUAGUGCAGACAUAAAACCUCCAAUUCCUGAACCUAUUCAAUCUGCUGCAGGUGGUGAUAAAAAGAAAAAGUGCUUGUUCAAACCAGAUGAGCUGCGGCAAGCUUUGAUGCCAACGCUAGAAAAAUUAUAUCGUCAGGAUCCAGAGUCUCUUCCUUUUCGACAGCCUGUUGAUCCACAGGCACUUGGUAUUCCAGAUUAUUUUGACAUUGUGAAAAAAGCAAUGGAUCUUUCAACUGUGAAGCGGAAACUGGAUACAGGCCAGUAUUCAGAUCCGUGGGAGUAUGUUGAUGAUGUUUGGCUUAUGUUCGAUAAUGCUUGGCUGUACAACCGCAAAACCUCACGAGUGUAUAGAUACUGUACCAAGCUGUCAGAAGUCUUUGAGCAGGAGAUUGACCCAGUGAUGCAGUCAUUAGGCUAUUGUUGUGGCCGCAAGUACACAUUCAAUCCUCAGGUGUUGUGUUGCUAUGGGAAACAGUUGUGCACCAUUCCACGAGAUGCCAAGUACUACAGUUUCCAGAACAGCCUAAAGAUACUGGGCCUUCUCUCCGACAGAUAUACCUUCUGUCAGAAAUGCUUCAAUGACAUCCCAGGGGACACGGUCACACUUGGGGAUGAUCCCACACAGCCACAGACAGCAAUAAAGAAGGACCAGUUUAAGGAGAUGAAAAAUGAUCAUCUUGAAUUGGAACCAUUUGUGGAGUGUCAAGAUUGUGGAAGGAAACUUCAUCAGAUAUGUGUUCUUCACAUGGAAUCUAUCUGGCCUCAGGGAUUUGUGUGUGAUAACUGCUUAAAGAAGAGAGGUGCGAAGAGAAAAGAGAACAAAUUCAAUGCAAAACGGUUGCCUAUAACAAAACUUGGGACAUACAUUGAAACACGAGUCAAUAAUUUUCUCAAGAAAAAAGAGGCAGGUGCUGGUGAGGUGGCAAUUCGAGUUGUUGCCAGCUCUGACAAGAUUGUUGAGGUGAAGCCUGGUAUGAGAAACAGGUUUGUGGAGCCUGGUGAUCUGCCAGAGCAGUUUCCGUAUCGAGCAAAGGCACUCUUCGCAUUUGAGGAGGUUGAUGGCACAGAUGUGUGUUUUUUUGGCAUGCAUGUUCAAGAAUAUGGGUCAGAGUGUCCUUGUCCAAACACUCGCCGCGUGUAUAUAGCCUAUCUGGACUCGGUGCACUUCUUCCGCCCUCGACAGUUUCGUACUGCUGUCUACCAUGAGAUUCUUCUGGGUUAUCUUGACUAUGUUAAACAGCUAGGGUAUACGAUGGCACACAUCUGGGCGUGUCCCCCCUCAGAAGGAGAUGACUAUAUCUUCCACUGUCACCCUGCCGAGCAGAAGAUUCCUAAGCCUAAACGGUUACAGGAAUGGUACAAAAAGAUGCUGGACAAAGGCAUCAUUGAGAGGAUAGUUCUUGACUAUAAGGAUAUCCUCAAACAAGCAGUGGAGGAUAAGCUAAGCUCUGCAGCAGAACUUCCAUAUUUUGAAGGAGACUUUUGGCCCAAUGUUCUUGAAGAAAGCAUCAAGGAAUUGGACCAGGAGGAAGAAGAAAAGAGGAAACAGGCAGAGGCAGCUGAGGCAGCAGCUGCUGCAGCCAAUAUCUUCUCACUUCAAGAAGAAAGUGAAUCAGGACCUGAUGGUAAAAAGAAGGGCCAGAAAAAAGCAAAAAAGUCCAACAAGUCAAAAGCCAAUCAGCGAAAAAAUAGUAAAAAGUCCAACACCCCUCAGACAGGCAAUGAUCUCUCGGCAAAGAUUUUUGCCACAAUGGAGAAGCACAAAGAAGUAUUUUUUGUAAUAAGGCUACACUCGGCACAGUCGGCAGCCAGCUUAGCGCCAAUUCAGGAUCCAGAUCCAUUCAUCAAUUGUGAUCUGAUGGAUGGACGUGAUGCAUUCUUAACCAUGGCACGUGAACGUCACUAUGAAUUCUCGUCACUGAGAAGAGCCAAAUUUUCGUCCAUGUCAAUGCUGUAUGAACUCCAUAACCAAGGGCAGGACAGGUUCGUCUACACCUGUAACAACUGUAAGGGUCAUGUGGAGACACGGUACCACUGCACAGUCUGUGAUGACUUUGAUCUCUGUGUACAAUGCUAUGAAAAGGAUGGUCAUCCACAUAAAAUGGAGAAACUGGGACUGGAUUUGGAUGAUGGUUCAUCACCAUCAGAUCAGAAACAGGCUAAUCCUCAGGAAGCAAGAAAGCUGUCAAUUCAGCGUUGUAUACAGUCCCUGGUGCAUGCUUGUCAGUGUCGUGAUGCUAAUUGUCGCUUACCAAGUUGCCAGAAAAUGAAACGUGUGGUUCAACAUACUAAGAUCUGCAAACGGAAAACUAAUGGAGGUUGCCCAAUCUGCAAACAACUCAUAGCCCUAUGUUGUUACCAUGCGAAGCAUUGCCAGGAAACAAAAUGUCCUGUGCCAUUCUGCUUGAACAUCAAACAUAAACUGAAACAGCAGCAACUGCAGCAGAGGUUACAGCAGGCUCAGCUGUUAAGGCGCCGCAUGGCAGUAAUGAACACCCGGUCCACUGUGCCAUCUGGUGCUCUGCCAGGCAACUCGAGUACAGGAGGACCAGGAAGUGUCUUGGCAGGCGGGGCAGUGGGCCAGACUGGUGUAAUGAGUGGUCAACCAGGUGCAGGCAACAUGGUGAGUCUCCAGACCCCCCACCAACCUGCCGGCAGCAAGCCUGGCACACAGACACCACCUGCCAACGUGCUGCAAGUUGUUAAGCAGGUACAGGAGGAAGCAGCCCGUCAGCAAGCUCCUCACACUGGUUAUCCUGGCAAGGUGACUCCUCUGGGUGCAAUUGGAGGACAGCCUCAGGUGAUGCCACCCCCACAGAUGCAGCGACCACCAAUAGGUCCCAUUGGCCCAUCAAAUGCACAUUUAAUUCCCACCAUCGACCAAUGGAGGUAUGUUCCAAAUGCGACACUACAGAACCCAGGCUUGCGUCAGACCACACCCCAAGCAGUGCAGCAGCAACCUCAGCAGCCGCCACAACCGCCACACCUUCAGCCCACCCAGUCAAGUAUGUUAACAGGUAGUCACAUCAGUGGACCGAUCCCUCCCAUCAGUAUUCGCCCACCUCCAACCAGUGGUGGCAGCAUGCCUGGUACUGCGGGACCUGCCCUGCACAAACAGGCACUUCAGCAACUCCUGCAGACGCUCAAAUCCCCCAAUUCACCUGAACAACAGCAGCAGAUUCUUCAAAUUCUGAAAAGCAAUCCUCAGCUCAUGGCUGCAUUUAUCAAGCAACGUCAGGUGUACCAGAACCAGCAACAGCAGGCUGGUCAGCAGCAAGGCCAGGCUGGUAGUGGACAUCAGCAGCAACUGCAGCACAUGAUGUCCCCUCAGCAACAACAGCUGCAACAGCAGCAGCAGCAGCAAGGUCGCAUGCAGAUGCAGGCCAUGCUGAGUCAGCAGCAGCAGCAGGGUACUGUGCUGCCACAACAGGGCCAGCAGAUGAUGCCACAUCAACAAUGGUACAAGCAGCAGCUUCUUAGCAUGCAGCAGCGGCAGCAGCAGCAGCAACAACAACAACAGCAACAACAGGCAGGUCCAUUCCAACAGCCGCCCGCUCCACCGUAUGUUCAGCAGCAGAGGCUUCCAACAAGCAGGCAGCAGCAGCAAGGGCAUCUUGUCAGUUACCCAAAUGUUAGUUUUGAGCCUACGCAGUAUGUGCAACAACCGGGUACAGUGGUAGCACAGCAAGUGUUGCAGCAGCAGCAACCUGGACUAAAACCCACGCCACCACCUGUCCCAUCACCGCAGGGGACAGGUGCAGGAACAAUGAUGAUGGGCCCACCACCUGGAACAGGCUCAGCCACUGGCAUUUCUGUUCAGCAGCAACAGCAGUUAAUGCAGGCUGUGAGAUCCCCCCCUCCAAUUCGGUCACCUCAGCCCAAUCCGUCGCCCCGGCCCGUUCCCUCGCCACGCAACCAACCCGUACCUUCCCCGCGUGGUGGUGCAGGACCCGUUCCGUCCCCACACCACCAUCCUCCCCCCCCACAUGUGACCCCUACACAUUCACCUGCACACCAUCCACCUGAUCUGGGAGGUAGCAGUGAGAUGAUGCUCUCUCAGUUGUCAGGGGCUGGUGCUGGACAGCAACAUGGGGCAGGGGCAGGUAUGCCUCACCACCCCUCCCCUGCAGGUGCCCCUCCGGGCUCAGCAGGAUCAAGUGGUCAAGGACCCACACAGGGGGGAAAUGAUCCCAAUGAUUUGCCCCCAAUGACUCCUCAGGACAAGCUUUCAAAAUUUGUGGAACAAUUGUAGUAGUGGAAGUGUGUGUAUCUAAGUACUUAAAUUAUGGGGAUUUUUAUGUGAAUAAUGCUGUACCUAGUUUCCUCAUUGCAGUUUUGUGCAGUGAUGGAAAUUGAGGCAUGUCAUUGAAUAUGAAAGUAUUAAGAGAUGGAGAGAGGGGAAGUCUCUGUACAAAUUGUGUGUGGUAUAGAAACAUACUUCUAAAUAUUGUGUUCAAGGAAAAUUGUAAAGUUGACUUCAUUUCUUAUCCAUUUAUGAAAAUUUCCCUCCUGGAUCUCUUUAUCUCGUGUGUUGAAUGUUGAUAUAUUUGAAGUGGUGUGGAGGAGACAGGUUUGUGGUUGAGUAGAUAACCAUGUUGAUUGAGAGGACUUACACUGCCGAAAUCUUUUCUUCUCUUCUUCUGUUGUGACAGUGGCAUACCAUCUUUGUCACCAUUAUCCACAUCACCGCCACUACCACUGCUAUCACUCACAUUUUUCUGUUAUUACUCUCACCGUUACGAUGACAACUGCUAAUGUUACUUGUAUUACUGCUACUGUGUCACUACCUGUUUUGUGUAAAUAAAUGUGCAAAUGAUGCCAGUACCACUUAACAUGUAAAAAGUGCCACUUCUGGGAAGGGUGGGACAGGGGAGAACUGACAAGAGUGUAGUAUUAAGGGAAGACAAGCUGUUCAACAACAAUCCAAGUAUUUGGCUUAGCAAGGCUGUGUUUUUUGUGCAGACUUUGUGCAAAGUAGUGGUGAACAUCUUUAAUUUAAAAUGAACUAAACUAAAAAUAAAGCAAAAUAUGUUCAUAUGGAAACCAAGAAAUAUUAGUGGUGCAUCAGUUGACAUAAUAUUUGUUAAUUUUAUUUUACAAAAUGCUACUCCAGACGAGACUAAGCGAAAUGAACGUUCGUUCAGUGGAAAACAUUUAAAUAAAUAUCUUCAAAUGAAGUAAUAUUCAUUGCUUAACAGAUGAUAGAACCAAUCAUUGUUAGCAUUACAAACUUAAUGAAAUGCAACAUGAAAAUAUUUCUUAUAAACUCAGUGUGCUCUUUUCUUUAAAGGUACACCUUGUUUACAUUUAUCGUAAUUUGAAGAAGAAACACAAACAUUUGUAUAGUUAGUUGAUAAAUAGCUUUGGAAGUUCAAACUUGUAUUGUAGGAUAUAGACUUUUCCCCUCCUCCCAGCCCCCUUAUCCAUGGUAUUAUAAACUUGUUUUUAAUUUUACCAAGGCUGACAACCCAUACUCAUGUGAGUGACGUAAAUGAUCACAUGUAGGUAACUUCAGCGAUUUUUUUAAAUGACCACCAGUGACAUUGAUUCAGCCCACGAUUAAAUUUUUAAUCAAACCUUUUCUUCCCUCUCCAUCAUCUUUCCCAUGUAAUAAGAAUGUGUUAGCAAGUGCUGAAAGGAACGUCAAGUUUGGCAAUGUACUGUAAUCAUGAUGAUUUAGAAAUAAGUUUUCUCCCUUUUCUAUGAGUAAAUGACACAAGCCACUAGAAAAUGAAGAAAAUAUGUAUACAAACAAAAUAAUCAGUGAUGGUUUUUCAGCAUCAUAAAAUUGAAAUAAUCUGCCUAGCACUUUCUGGUUUCUUGUAUAAAUUAAUAUAACCUAAUUAAUCAAUAUUAUAUAAGAAAGAUCUCAAGUACUUGUAAACUUUUUUAUGAAGCUGAUGAGAUGAAUAUUACUCUUUUCAUACUCUUUUGUUUUCUCAGUGGGGCAAGGUUGUGAUGUAUGGCAGGUGGUUUUAUUGGGACAAAAGAUCAUUUUGACGUUUUCAAUUGGAAAAAUGUGCAUUCUGGAAAUGAAGCAGAUGUUUCAUUCAAAUGACAACCAGCGAGCACCGUGCAUGAACCAAACACACUGGCACCCAUACUGUUGCCGUUGAGUGCACUGUGUCACUUGUAAGGUGUAACUUGGAAUGCAGACGUGAAAAUUAUCAUGGUUUGAACCAUGUAAAUGUGCAAAUAAUUAGUUACGGUUGUGUACAUUGAAUUGUUAAAUGUUUGUGACAACUGUGAUGAGUAAUAUUUUUUAUGUUUGUAUUAAUAAACCUCAUUAUUUAUUAAAGAGCAACCGGGUGCUGUGUAGGGAGUGAUGUUCCUUUGCGCCCCAAGUUACACUGUACCAGCUCUUAGCAGUUGCAUUGGGCACUAACAGAACUAUAAAAUGCUAAUAGUUAUUUGUUGGUGUUUUACUCAUUAUGAAUGAAACAGUUGGGUGUAAAAUUAAAACAGGUGGCAGAUUUUGUUAUAUUUUGUCCCCAGUACCCUCCAUUUCAUUUUUAUAUAUAUUUAAAUAACAAAAUGAGCAUUUACAUUCCACCUCUUGUCAAAAUCUGCCCCUAUUUUAGUUUUGAAAGUGCCAUAUGUGUACAUGCAAAAUAAGGAGUAUUUUUGUUUUAUAUUAUUUAAUUUUUUUUUAAUUCCCAAUGUCUUUGACCCACCUGUGCAAUACCUACAGUAAAAGUAUGUUUCUUUUAUUUAUUAUGAAACCAUAAAAGUUAGCAUGAUUAGUGUUUUAGUAUUAAUGGAGUAUAAUAUUACUAAGCCAUUAUUUGAAGCGCUCAAUGUACAGUUGUAAAGUGUUGACCAAACAAAAAGAAAAAACAACAAAAAUUCAGCACACCAAACUUCAGUUUGUACAUAAUUGCAGAAAGAUAAAAUGUAUCUUAAGUGAAAGAUCAUUUAAAGAAAUGAUUGCACACAUUUUCAGAUUUUUUAAAGGACAAAGGGGGAGUCCAUGUGAGUUGGGCUAGGUCACUCUGCUACAUCUUGAACAUGGUAUUAAUUUAACAAAUCUGUGGCAAAGUGGACAAGUCCAAAUUGUAAAAACAUAAAUUGCAAAUAAUUUACAUAUAUGAUUGCUGUCUUCUGUAGGUUUACGGUCAAAGAGCAUUUGAUGAUUUUAUAAUAAAUCUUCAAGAAAUAAGAUACCUCGUAGUUGAUUUUGAGAAUUCUUGUUGAAAAUCUCAUUCUUAUGUUCCAGGUGAGUGACUGUAACAGAAGUCCAUCAUUAAAUACGUUUUGUUAUUAGGA